CCGCCCCCCGUGCGACGGCCCCCGCGGCCCCCGCGGCCUGGCAUGAUGUGCCUGGAGGGUGGCUCAGCGGCGGGCAGCGGAGGGGCGGCGGGCUGCGCGGAGGAGGAGGAGGAGGACGCGGCCGUGGCGGUGGCUGUGGCUGUGGCGGCGGCGGCCGGGACGGACCCGGAGCAGCAUCGGCGCGGCCGGGGCAGGGACCGGGGCUGGGCGGGCGGGGGGCCCGGCAGGGGCCGGCGCUGCGGCGGAGCCGGGGGCGGCUGCUGGCCCCACGACGAGGUGCAGACGCUGUCCGGCAGCGUGCAGCGGGCGCCCCCUGGGCCGGGACCCACCGCCGUCCCCGCCUGCCCCGAGGUCGGGGCCCCGACGGCCGCCAAGGGCCCGGCCCCGGGCGGUGCGCAGCCCAAGCCGGGGGCCCGCCUGGGCCGUGCGCGAGUGGCCGCCGCAGCCAUCCUCAGCGUGGGCAACGUCCUCAACUACCUGGACAGAUACACCGUGGCAGGUGUCCUUCUGGACAUCCAGCAGCACUUUGGAGUCAAAGACCGAGGGGCUGGCAUUUGUAUCUUCAUUGGUGAGACCCUGCUCUUCUCCAACUGGGCCAUCACAGCAGACAUCCUGAUGUAUGUGGUCAUUCCCACACGCCGAGCGACUGCUGUGGCCCUCCAGAGUUUCACCUCUCACUUGCUGGGAGACGCGGGCAGCCCCUAUCUCGUUGGCUUUAUCUCUGACCUGAUCCGACAGAGCACCCGGGAGUCCCCGCUCUGGGAAUUCCUCAGCCUGGGCUAUGCACUCAUGCUCUGCCCCUUCGUGGUGGUCCUGGGUGGAAUGUUCUUUCUUGCCACUGCCCUCUUCUUCCUCAGCGACCGGGCCAAGGCCGAGCAGCAGGUGAAUCAGCUGAUGAUGCCCCCAGCAUCUGUGAAAGUCUGAACAGGGUGUCCUGGGAGCAAAGAACGGUGGGAAUUCUGGGCCCUGGAGCAGCCACCACAGCCCUGCCUUGUCCAAGAAAGGAGGUGGAGUGAUUUCAGUGGGCAAGGCCCGGAGCCAGGGUUGAGCCUGCUUCGGUCUAAGGCUGUGACCCCCAAAGGCAGGAAGGCAGUCGGGAGGAGGAAUAGGAGUUGGCCAUGCAGGGCAGCAUGAUGGGUGCAAGACAGAGAGACCUGUGGCUGCCUCACCCCAGGGUUCUGGGCACAGGUUAGAGUGACCCAUGGCUGCCUCACCCCAGGGCUCUGGGCGCAGGACAGAGUGACCCAUGGCUGCCUCACCCCAGGGCUCUGAGUGUAGGACAGAGUGACCUGUGGGUGUCUCACCCCAGGACUCUGGGCACAGGAUAGAGUGACCCAUGGCUGCCUCACCCCAGGGCUCUGGGCAUAGGACAAAGUGACCCAUGGCUGCCUCACCCCAGGGCUCUGAGUGUAGGACAGAGUGACCUGUGGCUGCCUCACCCCAGGGCUCUGGGCGCAGGACAGAGUGACCCAUGGCUGCCUCACCCCAGGGCUCUGAGUGUAGGACAGAGUGACCUGUGGCUGCCUCACCCCAGGGCUCUGGGCACAGGAUAGAGUGACCCAUGGCUGCAUCAUCCCGGGGCUCUGGGCAUAGGACAAAGUGACCCAUAGCUGCCUCACCCCAGGGCUCUGAGUGUAGGACAGAGUGACCUGUGGGCGUCUCAUCCCAGGGCUCUGAGUGUAGGACAGAAUGACCUGUGGGUGUGUUACCCCAGGGCUCUGGGUGCAGGAUAAAGUGACCCAUGGCGGCCUCACCCCAGGGCUCUGGGUCUCAGACACAUUUGUGGAAACGUUCAGAGACAGGAAUCUUUCAGAGGGAGCCCUGCUCCCCCCCACUGCCUUUGCUGUGUGGCAGGAGAUGCUGCUGACAGAGACAAAUUGGGGGGGAGUGUCCCCCCUGGACACACUUUACAUGCUACAUGGGUCCAUGUAUAUGUAUGUGUGUAUGUGGCCUGUAAAGAGGCAGUGCUAGCUUUCCAGAGAAGCCCUUCUGGGAGCCAGCCAGGAUGAGCAGGCUGGGCUCCAGAGCAACCCAGUUGGGGGGCGGGGAGGCAGCAUCGGUCACUUCAGACAAACCCUCAGCCCCCAGCAGCCGCAGGGCCAUGUGGAUGAUCUCAUUUUCUAGCAUUUCCAAAGGAGAGGGUUGGCAGUCUUGGACCCCCAUUGGACAAGGAACAGCUGGGGAGGCGGAUGGGCUUUGGGCUUCCAGGAUCCUCCUCGCUCCCUCCCCAUCCCUGUUCCAUCUCUCAGCAUCUUGGCUUGGAUCCGAUGGACCACAUGGGAUCUCCUCUAAUGUCCCAGUUUUAGGGAGGCAGAAACAGAGGCCUGACUUGGGGAGCCACCUUGUCCAAAGUCCUCGUGGUUGGCUAGUGCCGGCUCUGAGACUAGAAUCCAGGCCUUCUGCCCGUGAAGUAGGGCAGCAUGCCCAGUCCCCAGGCCCGGUGCUCGCCCUUGGCCUCCCCUACCUGCUUGCUCUUCUGGGCUGGGCUGGGGGGCUGAAGUAGGCUAGGGACUAAAGGCUGAUAGCAAGCGGGAGUGUCAUUGGGGAGGGGCUGAUGGGAGGACCCAGGAGGUCAAGACCUAACCCUAACCCCACGCCCUCGUCCCCGCCCUGGAGACAAGAAAGCAUCUGGCAGGCAAGGACUGAGAGCCUCUGGCCUGGCCCUGUGUCCUGUGCUGCCCUGGUAGAACUUCCACCUCCCCCCCCACCCCGCCCCGCUUCCUGGCAGAGGAAUUUCCCAAAUUUGGGUCACUUUCAGGAAUUGAAGUUGUUUUGCCAGGGGUUCAGGGUCCCUUUUCACCAGUUGGCAGGGAGGGGCUGGCAGGAAGCUCAGCCUAGUCUCCAAGGCCCCAGCCUGGGCCCUGGAGGGUGGCCGGGUGGGCUGACUCAGGAAGACACCCCAUUCUGAGCAGGCCCAUGAUUUGUUUGUGGGAACGACCCUAACCCUUGAAAGACAGACACACAGGCAACACGAUGUGGCCUCUAGAGCAGAGGACCAGCACCGUCAGCCCACAGGAAUUUAGUAAGCACCUACCAUGUGCCUGGUGCUGUACUAGGAGUUGAGGGGGUGGGGAGGGGGUGGUAAAAGAAAGACAACCUGGAUCGGGUUCUCCCAGGAGCCUGCUGGGGAGGAGUCUUUUCCUCUACGGCCAGGACGUGCAGCUGAGCAGCCCCCCCACCCCAAAGCUUCUCCCUGGCCCUGGGACCAGCACACCCAACACUCGGUGCCCUUGGUGGCCCAUCCAUCAACACCCCUCCUCACUUCCCAUCCUGUUUCCUGAAGGGUGGGAGGGCAAGCCACGAGAAGGAAGCAUGGAACAGCACCACCACACAGGGAAUGGGAUGGCCUGGAUGACCUUUGCCUGUGUUUCCUUCCCUGCCCUCCCCCCCCAACCCAAUGGCAAACCCCAUAAUCCCAGAGAGAACCCUAACCUAAGAGCCCUUUCUGAAGCAAAGUCCAACAGACCUCCCCAAGAAAUCAAAUGUUACCCUCAAGAACAGCCAGAAAGGGGGCAGCUGCCCCCAGUUUGUACUGGGGCAUUACUCCACUGCAAGCUUUACCCCCCCACCCACCCACUUGUGAGCUCCCUGGACCACAGCGAGCCAGUGAUCCCGCCUCGCUUCCCUGGACUUUGUGGCAGGCUGUCCCCGGUUCUGUCAGAACCCCAACCUCCAGACUCCCCCAUCCCUGCAGCCUUGGCAGGAUCCCCAGGGCGGCUGCAGGCCUGAAGGACCUCCCAUCAUGCUUCUAAUACUGUUGUUUUGGGUGGGGGUGGAGACAAGGAAAACCACCCCCAGGGCUGCCUCCUGAGGACAGCUGCUCCGCGGUAGGACCUGAGGAUGCCCCCUGGGUUUAUUGGUCCACACUGGCCCCCAAUUCCCAUGGCAGGGGCAAGCAGGAGGCACGUGUCCAGGUGCAGAGCAGGGGGCCACCCCACCAGCCUGGGCCAAGCUUUCUUGUCGUACAAGAACCGGUUUCAAGGUUUCCUGACUUCUUUCAGGAAGCAGAAUGGCUGUCUGAUUUUCUAGAACAGCCAGGACUGUGAACUGAUCUCAGAGAUGAGUGCAAAGUUAACCAGAGACCUUUAUGUAAAUUAAUAAACCUAUUUAAGGACA